GUGGUGGUGGUUCUCCUCUUCCCCUGCAACCCACCACCACUCCUAUCACCACCACCCCCCUUCUCCUCCUCCUCCUCUGCUUCAUUUGUGCCUUCGGUUCCUCCCUUUCAUCAUCCUCUGCUGCUCCCUCUUCUUUGAGACCUUCCCGACCGCCACCAGCGGAUUGCCGUCCUACCUACCAGGAACCCAGGAACUGUGUGAAGAACUAGAGAGAGAGAGGGGAGGGGAAGGGGGAGGAAGAGAGAUGGCUGAUAAGUCGGUGGACAUGGAGGCUGUCCUCAAGGAGGCCGUGGAUUUGGAGAACAUACCUUUGGAGGAGGUGUUCGAGAACCUGCGGUGCGGGCGGGAGGGCCUCACGGCCGAGCAGGCGCAGCAGCGGCUCGAAAUCUUCGGCCCCAACAAGCUCGAGGAGAAGAAGGAGAGCAAGGUCCUCAAGUUCUUGGGAUUCAUGUGGAACCCGCUUUCCUGGGUCAUGGAGGCCGCCGCCAUCAUGGCCAUCGCCCUCGCCAACGGAGGGGGGAAGCCCCCAGAUUGGCAGGACUUUGUGGGCAUCAUCACUCUGCUCGUCAUCAACUCCACCAUCAGCUUCAUCGAAGAGAACAACGCCGGUAACGCUGCAGCCGCCCUCAUGGCUCGCCUCGCCCCUAAAGCCAAGGUGCUUAGAGGUGGCAAGUGGAGCGAGGAGGAAGCGGCAAUCCUCGUCCCAGGAGACAUCAUCAGCAUCAAGCUUGGGGAUAUCAUCCCUGCUGAUGCCCGACUCCUCGGUGGAGACCCCUUGAAAAUUGAUCAGAGUGCCCUUACUGGAGAGUCUUUGCCGGUCACAAAAGGCCCAGGGGAUGGUGUAUAUUCUGGUUCAACAUGCAAACAGGGUGAGAUUGAGGCUGUCGUUAUUGCCACGGGCGUGCAUACAUUCUUUGGCAAGGCUGCCCACCUCGUGGAUUCCACAAACCAAGUUGGCCACUUCCAGAAGGUGUUGACUGCAAUUGGGAACUUCUGCAUAUGUUCAAUUGCGGUGGGAAUGUUCAUAGAGAUUAUUGUCAUGUAUCCAAUCCAGCAUCGUGCUUACCGACCUGGAAUCGACAAUCUUUUGGUUCUUCUCAUUGGAGGGAUUCCAAUAGCCAUGCCUACUGUUUUGUCAGUCACAAUGGCAAUUGGAUCUCACCGCUUAUCUCAGCAGGGAGCAAUCACAAAAAGGAUGACUGCAAUAGAAGAAAUGGCUGGAAUGGAUGUGCUAUGUAGUGACAAAACUGGAACUCUGACUUUGAACAAGUUGACUGUGGACAAGAACCUUAUUGAGGUUUUCUCAAGAGAUGUUAGCCAGGAUACUGUGAUUCUAAUGGCUGCUAGAGCCUCAAGAACUGAAAAUCAAGAUGCCAUAGACACUGCGAUAGUUGGAAUGCUUGCGGACCCAAGGGAGGCCCGUGCUGGAAUUCAAGAAGUACAUUUCCUACCGUUUAAUCCUACUGACAAGAGGACUGCUUUAACUUAUGUUGAUAGUGAGGGGAAAAUGUAUCGGGUCAGCAAAGGUGCGCCAGAACAGAUUCUAAAUCUCGCACACAAUAAGUCAGAGAUAGAGCGUAGAGUCCAUGCUGUGAUUGACAAAUUUGCAGACCGUGGGCUUCGAUCACUUGCUGUUGCAUAUCAGGAAGUUCCAGAUGGAAGGAAAGAGAGUCCAGGAGGUCCUUGGUCCUUCAUUGGUCUUAUGCCGCUUUUUGACCCCCCUAGGCAUGAUAGUGCAGAGACAAUCCGAAGGGCACUAAACCUUGGCGUGAAUGUCAAAAUGAUCACAGGUGAUCAGUUGGCAAUAGGAAAAGAAACAGGACGUCGGUUGGGAAUGGGUACAAACAUGUAUCCAUCAUCAGCUUUAUUGGGGCAAAACAAGGACGAGUCAAUUGUUGCUUUGCCAGUUGAUGAAUUAAUUGAGAAGGCAGAUGGCUUUGCUGGUGUAUUUCCAGAGCACAAGUAUGAGAUUGUUAAGCGUUUGCAAGCAAGGAAGCAUAUUUGUGGUAUGACUGGUGAUGGAGUAAAUGAUGCUCCUGCUUUAAAGAAGGCUGAUAUUGGGAUAGCAGUUGCAGAUGCAACUGAUGCAGCUCGUAGUGCUUCUGAUAUUGUUCUCACUGAGCCUGGCCUGAGUGUCAUUAUCAGUGCUGUCUUGACCAGUCGUGCGAUCUUUCAGAGGAUGAAAAAUUAUACAAUAUAUGCAGUCUCCAUCACUAUCCGAAUUGUGCUGGGAUUUAUGCUGCUUGCACUCAUAUGGAAGUUCGACUUUCCACCCUUCAUGGUCCUUAUCAUUGCGGUUCUCAACGAUGGUACCAUAAUGACCAUCUCAAAGGACAGGGUCAAACCAUCUCCUCUUCCUGACAGCUGGAAGCUGGCUGAGAUUUUUGCAACGGGAAUCAUCCUUGGUGGCUACUUAGCAAUGAUGACAGUCAUUUUCUUCUGGGCUGCAUAUGACACUGAUUUCUUCCCGAGGGUAUUCAAGGUCGAAAGCCUUGAGAAGACAACACAGGAUGACUUCCAAAAGCUUGCUUCUGCCAUCUACCUGCAAGUCAGCAUCAUCAGUCAGGCACUCAUAUUUGUGACACGAUCCCGCAGUUGGUCCUUCAUUGAGCGGCCUGGUUUGUUGCUUGUUACGGCUUUCUUGGCUGCUCAGCUGAUUGCCACACUGAUUGCGGUAUAUGCUGAUUGGGGCUUUGCUGCCAUUAAAGGCAUCGGAUGGCGCUGGGCUGGGGUCAUUUGGCUUUACAACCUCAUAUUCUACUUCCCACUCGAUAUCAUCAAAUUCUUUAUACGCUAUGCUCUGAGUGGGAAAGCUUGGGAGCUCGUCAUCGAGCAAAGGAUAGCUUUUACAAGAAAGAAGGAUUUCGGGAAGGAAGAAAGGGAACUCAGGUGGGCUCAUGCUCAGAGAACAUUGCACGGACUGCAGCCACCUGAUACCAAGUUCAGCGAGAGGUCCACUGUAACCGAACUGAAUCAGAUCGCAGAGGAAGCCAAACGGCGAGCUGAGAUUGCAAGGCUCAGGGAACUAAACACGCUGAAAGGGCAUGUGGAGUCGGUGGUGAGGCUGAAGGGCUUGGACAUCGGCACCAUUCAGCAAUCCUACACUGUCUGAGCCAACAACAACCUGCUCGUUCCAUGGAACACCGCAGUCCAUCAUCUCGCAUCGAAGUUACUGUACACCUCGAUAAUGUUCUAUGUUAGAUAGAUAGAUAUAUACCAUCUAUAUGCAUGUUUUGUUUGCUCGUACUUCCAUUCUCUCUUGCAUGAGAAAAGAAAUGGAGGUGAGGAAUCAGGUAAAAGCUAAUGUCUUCAGAAUCGUCUUAUCA